CCCUGGUCUUCCCUGUCCCACGCAGGGAUCCUCCACGAGGACCUCCGGCUCCUGCUGGAGACUAACUUGCCGGCCAAAAAGAAGAAGGUCGUGGUGGGGGUGAGCGAUGCCAAAAUUGGGGCUGCCAUCCAGGAGGAGCUGGGCUACUCGUGCCAGACGGGAGGCGUGGUGGCAGAGAUCACCCGAGGGAUCCGCUUGCACUUCCAUGCCUUGAUCAAAGGCUUGACCGUCCAGUCGGCCUCCAAGGCCCAGCUGGGGCUGGGGCACAGCUACUCCCGGGCCAAAGUAAAGUUCAACGUGAACCGGGUGGACAACAUGAUCAUCCAGUCUAUCAGCCUCCUGGACCAGCUGGAUAAGGACAUCAACACCUUCUCCAUGAGGGUCAGAGAGUGGUAUGGGUACCACUUCCCAGAGCUCAUUAAGAUUGUGAGUGACAACUACACCUACUGCCGCCUGGCCAGGCUGAUUGGGAACCGGAAGGAGCUGAGCGAGGAGAGCCUGGAGGGAUUGGAGGAAAUUGUGAUGGACGGCACCAAAGCUCAGGCCAUCCUGGAGGCCUCUCGCUCGUCCAUGGGAAUGGACAUCUCGCCCAUUGACCUCAUCAACAUUGAGAGCUUCUCCAGCCGGGUCAUCUCUCUCUCGGAGUAUCGUAAAGGCCUGCAGGAAUACCUCCGCUCCAAGAUGAGCCAGGUGGCCCCCAGCCUUUCAGCUCUGAUUGGAGAAGUGGUGGGCGCCCGGCUCAUCUCUCAUGCUGGGAGCCUCACAAAUUUGGCCAAGUAUCCUGCUUCCACCGUGCAGAUCCUAGGUGCCGAAAAAGCCCUCUUCAGGGCUCUGAAGACACGGGGCAACACUCCUAAGUACGGCUUGAUCUUCCACUCUACCUUCAUUGGACGGGCAGCUGCCAAAAACAAGGGCCGCAUCUCCCGCUACUUGGCCAACAAGUGCUCCAUUGCAUCCCGCAUUGACUGCUUCUCAGAAGUCCCAACUUGUGUCUUUGGGGACAAGCUGCGAGAGCAGGUGGAGGAGCGGCUGGCUUUCUACGAGACGGGGGAUCCCCCUCGCAAGAACCUCGAUGUUAUGAAGGAGGCUGUUGUAGAGGCAACACAGGUGGCUGCUGAAAUCAAAAGGAAAUUGGAGAAGAAAGAGAAGAAGAAGCGUAAGCGUGAAAAGAGGAAGCACCUGGAGGCCUUGGCGGGAGCAGAGGAAACGGAGAACUCCUUGCUGGAGACGACAGCAGAGGAAAAUGAGGUGGAGCCCAAGAAGAAGAAGAGGAGGAAGCACCAGGAGGCGGAGGAAGAGGAGCCCGCCGAGAACGGCCUGGAGGAAGAAGAGAGCUUGCCCAAGAAGAAGAAAAAGAAGAAAGUGGCUGCUGAGGAGACCCCUCAGCCCAAAGUGAAAAGGACCAAAAAGAAAAAAGCCAGAACAGAGGAGGAGGAAGAGGAGCAGGAGGAGGAGGAAGCCUAGGGUGGAAAUGCCGGCUGAGGACGAGAGGCCCUGGCUGACAUCAAGGCCGUGCUCUUCAUAUACUUCUGUCCAGUACUUUCAAGGCAACUGAAUGUAGCCCCUUCACUCCUCGCGUUUCGAUUUCCAGUGAAAAGAGUACGUGGCAGCCUGAGGCCUCUGGUGCAACUUUCAGUCCUCCUGCAAAAAAAAAGGGUUCCUUUGUGCCUCAACCGGGGAUGGGGGGCAAUGCUUGCAUGAGAUAGCUGAGCUGGCCUAGGAGCCAAGGGCAGGCAGCGCUGCGGCCUGCCUGGAGGAGGACUGUCCAGCCAGCUCCUGGACUGGCCGCAACCGUGUCUUUGACAGAAGCAGGGGUUGGGGGCUGGCGGACUGGAAUUUGAUGCUUUUGUUGGUUAACCUGCUAACAAUAAAAUUUGCAGUCUUUUUCUAGCAA